ACAGCCGAGGCACGGGAGGACUAACCCGGGGACGGCGGCACCGGGAGGCGGCUGGCAGGCGUUAACAGCUUCGCUCCCCCCCCUCAUCCUGACCCCGCACCGAGGGUUGUUUUUCGAACCCAAACUUUCUCUCUUCCGGAGCGACACCGACACAACAAUGUUGCCUGAGGGAUUUAUGGCUCCCGGUUCUUUGUGCCGACUGUGAGUGACAUUUGAACCCGGACAAUAGGCGACAGCGGCGGCGGCGCUCACUAUGGUUUUGUCGGCGGUCCGCAGCAGGAGAUGUUUAUAUCGCUGCUGGAUGGGGACGCUGUGCCUUCAGUUGUUGCUGUGGAUUUUAUGUGCGGUGAACGGAGAGGAGCAGCCGUUCAGCGUGGAGGCAUGGCUCCAAAGGUAUGGCUACCUCCCACCUGCAGACCCCAGAAUGUCAUUGCUGCGUUCUUCCCGAGUCAUGCAGUCUGCUAUCGCUGCCAUGCAGCGCCGCUACGGCCUCAAUGUUACAGGGACUCUGGACAGCACCAUCAUAGACACUAACACACUAAGGUGGAUGAAGAAGCCCAGAUGUGGCGUUCCUGACCAGAUGGCAGGUGUUACAAAAUUCAACGUCAGGAAACGGCGAUACGCCCUCACGGGACAAAAGUGGCAACACAAACAUAUCACUUACAGCAUAAAGAACGUGACACCCAAGGUCGGUGCGGAGGAGACCCACGAUGCCAUCCGACGAGCUUUUGACGUCUGGCAAAACGUGACGCCACUGCGCUUCGAGGCCGUGCCCUACAGUGAACUAGAGCGGACCAAGAGAGACGUGGACAUCACCAUCAUCUUUGCCUCAGGUUUCCAUGGCGACAGCUCACCGUUCGACGGUGAAGGCGGAUUCCUGGCCCACGCCUACUUCCCAGGGCCGGGCAUUGGAGGCGACACGCACUUUGACUCGGAUGAGCCUUGGACACUAGGAAACCCCAACCAUGAUGGGAAUGACUUGUUCCUGGUCGCGGUCCAUGAACUUGGCCACGCACUGGGACUGGAACACUCCAACGACCCCACGGCCAUCAUGGCUCCUUUCUACCAGUACAUGGACACUGAGAACUUCAAACUACCUCUGGACGACCUGCAGGGUAUCCAGAAGAUUUAUGGACCUCCUGAUAAGAUCCAACAGCCCACCAGGCCUUUACCAACGGUGCCCCCUGCUCGCUCCCACCCGCCAUCGGACCCACGCAAACCAGACAGACAGACCAGACCUCCAAGGCUGCCGCCCGGGGACAGACCCUCCCACCCAAAUGCCAAACCCAACAUCUGCGACGGAAGCUUCAACACCUUGGCCAUACUAAGGAGAGAGAUGUUUGUCUUUAAGGACCACUGGUUUUGGCGAGUCCGAGAUAACGCUGUGAUGCCCGGGUACCCCAUGCUCAUCAGCGUGUUCUGGAGGGGUCUGCCACCCAAGAUUGACGCCGUGUACGAGAACAGCGAAGGGAAGUUUGUUUUCUUCAAAGGGAAGCAGUUCUGGGUGUUUAAGGACACGGUUUUGCUGUCUGGUUACCCUAAGGACAUCAGCCAGUUCGGCCACGGCAUGCCGGCUCAGAGCAUCGAGACGGCCGUAUGGUGGGAAGACGUGGCCAAGACCUACUUCUUCAAAGGGGACAGGUACUGGCGCUACAAUGAAGAAAUGAGGACCAUGGACCCGGGCUAUCCCAAACCCGUCACUGUGUGGAGAGGUGUGCCUCAGUCACCACAGGGGGCCUUCGUCGAUAAAGCCAACGGCUUCACAUACUUCUACAAGGGAAAGGAGUACUGGAAGUUCAACAACCAGUUCCUCCGGGUGGAGCCGGGCUACCCGCGCUCCAUCCUCAAGGACUUCAUGGGCUGCGACCUGAUGCCGGUCCACCCGGCGCGCCCGCCCUCCGACGGCGGCGACGACGACCUGGUGAUCGAGCUGGACGACGAGGCCAACACGGUGAUGGCGGUCGCCAUCGUCGUCCCCUGCGUGCUGGCGCUCUGCCUGCUGGUGCUGGUCUACACCGUGGUGCAGUUCAAGAGGAAAGGUACGCCGCGCCACAUACUUUACUGCAAACGUUCCAUGCAGGAAUGGGUGUGAUUUUGGGCUCGUCUUUAGGAGUGGACGUUUGAAGCCCGACAAUCGGCCCCCAGACACACAAAAAGGCCCGACUCUGGGACAAGUUGACUGCUGAGUCGGCCUUUUCACUAGCAGGGGGUCACUUUGUGGAGGAAUGAGCCUCAGAAACACUAAACGCUCCAGGUCACUUUCCUUUCCUAUCCUUUUUUGCCCGGACAGCUCUUAAUCAGCGGGAGGACUUUAAGCGGGACUCUCUUCUCUUACUCUCUCGUCAUAUCAGCUGUUUGGGGCAUCUCCAGUAGUCCCUGAUUCCUUACUUCAGAGGGGUGUCCAAACUAACUCUGGACCAUUUUCAGUCCGCAGCUCCUGUUUUUCUUUGGUUUCUACCAGUGUUUCCCAUACAGGCAUUUAUUUGUGACAAAUACAUUUGGACCGCCACAAAGAUAUUGCUCCUAGGGGUUCCUUUAUACAAACCCCGUUUCCAUAUGAGAAAUUGUGUUAGAUGUAAAUAUAAACGGAAUACAAUGAUUUGCAAAUCAUUUUCAACCCAUAUUCAGUUGAAUAUGCUACAAAGACAACAUAUUUGAUGUUCAAACUGAUAAACAUUAACUUUAGAAUUUGAUGCCAGCAACACGUGACAAAGAAGUUGGGAAAGGUGGCAAAAAAGACUGAUAAAUUUGAGGAAUGCUCAUCAAACACUUAUUUGGAACAUCCCACAGGUGAACAGGCAAAUUGGGAACAGGUGGGUGCCAUGAUUGGGUAUAAAA